CCCGCGGCGCUCGCCCUCCGCCCGGCGCCCGCGGCCCCAUGGCCCCGUCCCGCCUGCAGCUCGGCCUCCGCGCCGCCUACUCCGGCCUCAGCUCCGCGGCCGGCUUCUCCAUCUUCCUCGUCUGGACCGUGCUGUACAGGCAGCCGGGCACCGCGGCCAUGGGGGGGCUCGCAGGUGUGCUGGCGCUGUGGGUGCUGGUGACGCACGUGAUGUACAUGCAGGAUUACUGGAGGACCUGGCUCAAGGGACUGCGUGGCUUCUUCUUUGUGGGCGUCCUCUUCUCGGCCGUGUCCGUGGCCACCUUCUGCACCUUCCUCGUGCUGGCUGUCACCCGACACCAGAGCCUCACAGACCCCAACAGCUACUACCUCUCCUGCGUCUGGAGCUUCAUUUCCUUCAAGUGGGCCUUCCUGCUGAGCCUUUACGCCCACCGCUACCGGGCUGACUUCGCCGACAUCAGCAUCCUCAGCGAUUUCUGACCCAAGGGGUGAGGCUUCUGUCCCCUGGGGGUCCUCAGGACCUGGACUCGGCCUCUGAGGUACUGGGCAGGCCUACCACCCCCCCGGAGGCCCUAGAUCUGCGGCAGAAGAAACACAGCAGGAGGACUGCCGUCUCCUAGGAAGCUGUCCUGCCCCCUUUGUGGGACACGCGGUGUGGGACACGCGGGUGCGGUGGAAACGGGUCCUUCCUGCCACGCGGCUCCCCAUCGGCCUGGCUGGAGGGCAGCUUUAGACCUUUUCAGAUGGAUCUAUUUUCUUAGCACUCAGUGAGAAAGCAAGCGGGGCCAGGGCAGUGAGUCAAGCGGUAGGGCAGGGAGCCUUGACCUCUGCCUGGGGGCGCUGUCUCUCAGGCCAGGCUGAGAACCUGGGAGGUCAGUUCAAGUAGAGACCUCUCAGCCCCGACCCCAACCCCCCAUCCCAUUGUCCUUUGAGGGCCGGAUAGCUUAACUCCUCAGUCCCAGGGAUGGCAACACUUGGCUCUCUUUUCCCCGAGGCCUGGGGACCGGAGUGGAGAGUGUAGUGUCCCCUCCCAGAGCGGGUCUCCCGUGAGUGUGCUAGAGCCGGUCAUCUCCUUCAGCAUCCCCAAGCCCUCUCUUUUACACACACACACCACACACCCCAAACAAAGCGGGACUCCCUGAAUGAAGCCAGACUGAACGUCUGGGGAAGGUGCCCUGCCCCCCACCAUGGUGCAGGCUGGCAGGAAACCCGCAAAUCCGUGCCCGUGUACCUCCAGCCCUACAUUUCUGUCACUUCUCACAUGCAUCACCCCUGGCCCCGAGACGUCCCCCCGCUCCCCUGCUCACUGCCCUCCGCCUAGAGCUUUCAUCUUUUUAAAUCUCCCUUCCGCAGGACAAAAAUCUGCUUUUCUGCCAUCUGGCACAAGGGCUCACCUAACUCGGGAGGGAGGGAGCUAUUGUUACCUUUUUACGUUAGGUUGCCAUUUUGCACGGUCUACCCUCUUCCCACCUGAUGUGUCCUGCCCUUCAGCUCUUUGCCUUAUCUGUGUCACUGUCACUUUAGCAGAAAUACAGCGGCCAUUUGUACCAGA